UGGGCGAAGGCGACGGCAUCAUACUGCCGUGCGCGUACCGCCGGCACAGGUGUGCGCCCACUUCGCCUGUCUUGGCGACACAGUGCUCUCGCCAUUCCGACCAGGGACCAUGCCAUCUCCGCCGCCGAUAAAUACAGAAAGCAGCUGCUAAACGGGUCGCUGUCGAUCGAAGGCAUGUCGUCGGCGCUGGCGGGGCACUACCAGUGCGUGGCCAGCGUCGACGGCGUCGGCACCAUUGUCUCGCGGACCGCCACUGUCUUUCUCGCCGAGGUGCCGGAGGUUUACGUGCCGACGCGGUCGGUGUCGUCUGUGGCGGGUGGAGUGGCUCUCUUGCCGUGUGCGGUGCGCGCGCCUCCGCCGCUCGUGCCGCGGUUCGCCGCGGCGCCUGCCCCUGAGCGCCGCGUCUACGGUGCCGCCAAGCUACACUACGCGCCGCCGGUCCUCAAACUCAAUGUGACAUGGUUGAAGAACGACAUGCCGGUGAGGCUGGAGAGCGCGCGCGUGGCGGUGACGGCCAGCGGCGCGCUCGAGAUCGAGCCGCUGCGGCACCACGAUGCGGCCAAGUACCGCUGCCGGGUCGCGCUCUACCACCGCCUCGAGCCAUACAAGACGAGCGAGGAAGUGGAGUUGCGUGUAGCAACAGAGCCGCCCGCCGCUGAAUUCCCGCCGCGGUUCGUUGCGACGCCACAACCUCAAACCGUCGUAGAGGGCGCAUCUGUAACGUUUGACUGCGCUGCCAUCGGGAACCCUAAACCGCAGAUAACCUGGCUCAACAACGGAGUCGCUAUCGACCUCAGCGACCUGGACUCCCGUUUCUACUUGUCGGGGUCGGGGUCACUGCGCGUGCAGGGUGCGCGUGCGCUGGACGCGGGCGCGUACACGUGCCGCGCGCACUCGCCCCUUGACGCCGUCGACCAUACCGUGCAUCUACACGUGCUCACGGUACCCCGCGUGACGGUGGGAGGCGGUGACGGUGGCGAUGGUAGUCGUAAUGGAGGUGGUGGAGCUAACGGCGCAGUAGCGGUGGCGCGAGCGCGCGGUGACGUCACACUGCGUUGUGAAGCGCGUGCGCGGCCGCUGCCGUCCGUCAGCUGGCUCAAAGACGGCGAUCCACUCACACCCAACCACCACGACAUCGCGUUGUUAGAUGGGACAUCGUUGCGCAUCCAAGGCGUGCUGCGUGUGGACGCCGGCAUGUUUCAGUGCUUCGCGUCGUCCCCUGCCGGCACCGCCACCGCCGCCGUGCGCCUCCUAGUUCUACCACCUGACGACGGGCUGGUGGCCGUCAGCGAGCCUGCACAUAGUAACACCAGCUCGUACCCGCCUGAAGACGAGGACAUGGACUUCCUCGGCGAGACCUCGUCCGCGUACACCUCGGGUCCACAGCUGGAGUACGAUGACGACGACAUAGAUGAAGACGGUCUGGACCUGGAUGCGUUACGUGGCGUCAGUACGAACGCGAGCUCGGUGGCGGCGCCGCGCGGCCUGCGCGCCGUCAUUGUCAAGCACCGCUUCGUGACGCUCAGCUGGCAGGAGCCGGAGCACGGCGCCGCCGACGUCACCGGGUACGCCGUCAUUUACAAGGUCAAGGGCAGCGAGAGGGAGCGAGUGUCUCGCGGCGGACCACAGCGACAUGAGAUGAACGUCGCCUCGCUCCAACCGAACACCACGUACCAGUUUUCAGUACUGGCGUACAGCAGCACGGCAGUCUCUUCCCCCACUGAGUCGAUCGAAGUGCGCACGCCCGAAGAGGAACUCUCCCAUGGCCCACCCCAAUCCGUGAAGGCCGAGGCACUGGGACCACAUACGGCGAAGGUGUCAUGGGAAUCCCCACAAGGGGCCGCACCGGAUCGGUAUACCGUACUGUAUUCAGAAGUGGAAACUGGUCGGGAGCAGCUGCAAGUGGUAGAGGGCGCGACGUCGGUGUCGCUGACGGGAUUGCGCGCCGCUACGGCGUACUCGGUGCGCGUGUCGGCAGCAGGAGGCGCGCCCGCAGCACCGGUGCGCCUGCGCACGCCCAGCGACGCUCCCGCCGCGCCGCCCGCCAAUGUCACGGCUACGCCCACCGGGGCAGAUUCGAUCCUGGUUCGGUGGGAGGCGCCGCCGUCGCGCACGCACCGCGGCGCACUCACGGGCUACAAGGUGCGGUACCGCGCGCUGUCCGCCACCACGUCCGCGUCCACCCCCACGCGCCGCCGCGCCGACUCCAUCACCACGCCCGCCGACACGCGCCGUGCUGAACUUCGGGACCUCGACACCGCUACCACUUACCAGAUCCGUGUGUGUGCUAUUAAUGCAAAUGGUUCGGGUCCGUUCAGUGAGUGGGUGACUGCGAUAACCCAUCAGCAGCAGCGCGACGAGACCCGUGUGCCGCCGCAACCGCCACCGCUCACCACCCGCGCAGGCCGUGACUGGAUCUCGGUGUGGUGGUCAGAAGAAGGCGCGGGCAGCGAGGGUGUGGUGGUGCGCGGCUACGUGCUGGGUUGGGGGCUAGGUAUCGCGGACGAGGCCUCGCGCGAUCUGCCCGCGCAUCUACACUCGCAUGUUAUACGAAACCUCAAAUCUAACUCGGAGUACGUGAUAAGCCUGCGCGCGAGCAACUCUCUAGGGCUCGGUCCCGCGGUGUACGCGACCGUGCGCACCAAGCCCGCGGCCGAGGGCGACGAGCUCGACGACGAAGACGACGAGGAGCAAGAGGACGAGGACGAGCCGCCGCCGCUCAUACCGCCCGUCGGACUUAAGGUGAUAAUGCUGAGCGGCACCACGGCCGUCGUGUACUGGACCGACCCGACGCUGCCCAAGGGACAGACUGCUACGGACGGCCGCCGGUACGUGGUUCGCUGGUCCGCUAACGGAGGGCGCGCGCGCACCUUCAACGCAACCGAUCUCAACUGCAUGCUCGACGACUUGCGACCGUUCACAAGAUACGAGUUCGCCGUCAAACUUAUUAAAGGCACGCGCGAGUCGGCGUGGUCGAUGCUGGUGAGCAACACGACGCUGGAGGCGGCGCCGGCGUCGGCCCCGCGCGACGUGCGCGCCUCGCCCGCCGCGCCGCCCGCGCGCGCCGCCGACCUCGUCUGGGCCGCGCCGCUCAAGCCCAACGGCAUCAUCACCGGCUACGUGAUAAUGUAUGCGGCGCAGCGCGCGGGCGCAGCGGAGGAAUGGACAGCGGUGGCUGUAGUGGGUGAACGCACACGCGCACGCGUUGACCGGUUGCGUCCGCGCACAUCGUACAGCUUCAAAGUGCAAGCCAGAAACAGCAAGGGGCUCGGCCCUUUCAGCCAGCCGAUUCCAUACACUACCGCCAUGGAGACGGGCGAGGGCGGUGGGCUAGCGGGCGCGACGUCCGCGUGGCUGUGGGCGAGCGCGGGCGGCGCGUGCGCAGUGCUGGCGUUGGCGGCCGCGCUCGCGCUGUCACUCUGCUGCCGGCGCAGCCGUCCGCCCUUAUCACCCCUGUCACCCGAUACCAGUACCUACCAGAAAUCUUCUGCGUCGGCGGGCAUCAAACCGCCGGACCUGUGGAUCCACCACGACCAGAUGGAGCUCAAGCACAUGGACAAGGGCCUACACAGCUCCGCCAGUAAGAUAUCAGCGGGCAGCACGGACGGCGCGCUGAUGUCGUCGACGCUGACGCUGGGGCGGUCGGCCCCCCCGGCGCCCCCCGCGCCCCCCUCCGCCGAGUACGAGCCCGCGCGCCACCAGCCGCCGCCGCCCGCCUCGCUCGACCGCAGACACUACGUGCCCACCUAUGUCGACCGCAGCUCGCCCGCGGAGGACGCGUCGCGCGGCUCGCCCGCCUCUCUGUGCAGCUGGCGGCGGACAGACAACUGUGAUUGUUGCGCGCCGAUGACGGGCAUGGGCGUGGGCGUGGGCGUCGGCAUGGGCGGCGUGAGCUGCACCUCCACCUGCGACCGGCGACAGCACCGCGCGCCGCAUCCUGACCAGAGCACGCCGCUGCUGGCGGGCGUGGCGCCGCUGGGCUCGCCGCAGUCCUCGCUCGCGUCGCUGGCUCCGCUGCACCCGCACCCGCCGCAUCCGCCGCCGCCGCCUUGCGGGUCGGGCGCGUGUCCGCUGGGCGCGGCGUGCUCGGCGCCGGGCGGCGUGGGCGUGUCGGUGGGCGGCGACGUGUACGCGGCGGCCGCAGCGGCGCGCGAGCGUGGCACUACGUCGCGUACGAACCGCUCGGCCACUACACGCAGCGGCGUGGGCGGCGCGGGCGGGGGCUCGCUGGGGCGGCGCGCGGCAGCGUGCGGCGCGCUGCACAGCUUCGCGCUCGCCGACAGCGGCUCCGACCGGUCCUCACCCGCACACCACCCACACUCCAGAGGGAGCGUGCGCGAGACAUCGCCGUAUAAGAAAAGUGCCAGCUCGUCACCAGGUCACGUGCCCAACCGGCUGCAGCUUGGCGGCAACGUGUCUCACUGCGCGGAGGAGCUCGAGCCCCUGACGCCGUCGCGCUCCACCGAGCGGCUCAACAGAGAGAUGCAAAACCUCGAGGGUCUGAUGAAGGACUUGUCGGCCAUCACGCAGCACCAGUUCCAUUGCUAGUGCCGCGCCCGCCCGCGCUGCCACUGCCGCUGCUGGUCCCCCCCGCCGCCGCCACCGCCGCCGCCCCCCUACUGCCACGGGUGCCGCUGUCACAACUAGACGCGGCCACACCCGACGGAAAUGAUACUCCUCAAUUGUACAUAACGAAGUUAAGACGAACCGAGUCAUAUAAUGCAUUUAAUAAUACAGAACAAUUAUCGCAAUAUAUAAACCAGCAGUGCUGAUAUAUUCGAGUGUCGGAAACGAACUGUUUGAAUUAAAGUGACGGGCACAAAUAUCGACAUAUUUAAGAACAAUUUAACAACGACGUGAACAACAUUAGACUGUCUAAUUAACUUGUGUGAGUGCUGUGGAUUUGGUGAACGAGUAUGAUGAACGUGUGCCGUAUACACGCGCACAAAUAAAACUAACGUUCAGCGUAACGGAGCUGUGGCGUGAUUGGUCAGUGUGUUGAUCACGUGAUAUCGCGGUCUUUUGAUUGGUUAGGGUCUAACACGUGAAUACGUACGUGCCAUCGGAUCGCUGUUGUAACGGUUGUGUACACGGUGAUGUUCGUUUAUUGAUUGUAAGUGUACAUGCAAUUUAUAUUAUAUACUCUUUUCGGCAAUUGACAUAAUACAACUGACAAGAGCACCGACAAAUUUGUAUAAAUUUUAUGCUGUUCUUGUCGAAUAGAGAAUAAUAUUAAAAACUAUGACAAAUCUACAUUUUACAGUUCCAAUGAAAUGACGAAUGAAAAAAGCCACCAGAUACUUGGCACCUUUACACCAUGUUUAUUAGAGAAGUGAUUAAAUUUAUAUUAUUUAUUUUGGAUGCACUUUUACAAAAAAUCCAUUUUUCACUCGAUUACAUUUUUUACUGAUAUUAAUACGUCCUAUUAUGAAAUAAUAGCACAAAAUUGUGUACAGUCAGCCACAAAAUUUGCAGAACAAAUUCAAAAUUUCAAAUCACCUGUUGUCUCUGUAUCAGAAAUCGUUUUCAUUUACUAAAAUUAACUUUAAAGAGACCACUUCAUAAAGAAAGAAAAAAACAAUAUUUCGCUUGAAGUUAAUGUGUAAACGCGUUUUGAAGUAUUCAAUUUGUUCAUCUGCUUUUGUGGCUAACUGUACUAUAAAUAUGUUUCCGAACUUUAUAAAAUUGAUUUAAGAUGUUAUGUUCUUAAUCUUAGAUUUUUUGGAGUGACAUUUUAGGCCAAGCAAGAUUUAUGAUAAACAUAUUAAUGUAAAUAAUUUAUUAAUUGUAAUAUACUUAAUUUCUUAAGAAAUAUGAUUUGUCUGAACAUCUAACCUAAGCCGCGUUCUAUACUUUCGCCCAGACUUCAAAACUUGAGAAGGCGAAUACAUCAUACAAAUUAUAAUGAUGCGGUAAUUUUUCUUCUACAUGAAUAUUUGACCCAAAAAUAUUUGUAUUGGGUAUUAAAGUAUUUAAAACUCGCGACAAAGAAAAACUAUGUCCAUAAACAGAACUAGGAGUGUGACUUUAGGUAUUAUUAUAAUUUUAAAGCUGGCAAUGCCAUAUCGGCCUUGUUCUAAUAACUUAGUAAAAAUAUCAAUCGACAAAUAUCAACAGUGUCGCAAGAACUUUCCUGAAAUAAAAUGAUUAUAAUAUUAAUUGAUUAUAAUUUUAACAAUAGUCCGCCAAGUUUAACGCGUUGCGUAUACGCAGCCCGAAACAGACCAGCUCAAGUAAUCGUCGACGAUGGCCUACGAGUUGCUCAACACGUUCUUCGAGCGGUCACCGCGCUGUACGACCGCAACUUUACUUUAUGUAACCACUUGUAAUAUGUAUGUUGUGCUGUAAGAUUUCUUAAUGUAAAGCUAGUCAUAUAGUCCCUGUAUACAUAGUUAGGAUUUUGAAAUAUUUACGACCACAAGUAAAUAGUAUAACAGUAAUUAAAUAGUAUACAAUUUUUUGUAUUGCUCACUUUAAUGGUGCGAUUGAAUGACGCGUGAUAGCACAAACUCAGUGUAUUUCGAUUAUAUUAAUGGUAUUCACUGGUAAUGGUAAUUACGAAUAUUCUACUAACGAAAAAGAAUGUUAUCCAGAUUCUGCGUGGAUAGAGCUUCCAAUGCCUAAAUGAACAGAACAUGGGAUGCUUAAAGAUUUACAAUACCUUAAUAGUAUAGAAAUCGAAUAAUGUAUAACAGGCUCGAAAAAAAUCGCGUCGAAAAUUAGCAUAGUUUUUGCUACUAUGCAUCAUUUAAUUGCACCGUAUUAGCGUAAUUCCUAUUAUACACUAUGCCAAAUUGUUUUACUGUAAUGUUUUUAUCGAUGUUUUGUAUAAAAUCAGAUGGCAGAUUGUCUCUAGGUAUCGAAUCAAUGUGAUGCACGAAUCGAGGGCGGCUCGUGAAUAUAUUUAUCAUAUUUAUAAGAUCAUUGCACGCCAUACAAUAUUUCAGAAAAUACUAGUACAAAUGGUUUUUAUAAAAAUGUAACACAAGAACAACUUUCAACUUAUUUUAAUAAUAACUGCGUUAGAAAACGGGUGAAUAGGCCAUGAAAUCACUGCUGCGUAAAUGGAAGUUGGAACUAGUAAUUCCUCUAUUCGCUGAGCUUCUUUUCAGCCCAUUUAAAAUUGUUUACCUUUGUAAAUUGUUCGUAAGUUACUUACGUAAGCAACUUAUGGUAAUAAAACUUACAAACGUAACCUUUCUUACGUAUAUAAACUUACUAUAUCCGCCCUCGUUUUCCUAAAUUCCAAUACGUCCCACCCACGCCGCUUGUGGUCGGCGGCGCUCUGCCGGUGUAAAGAUAUCUUGUGCGAUUUAAUAUAUUUUGUACAUUCUCAUAUCUCACUUUAACGUGUCUUUCGGCUUAAGAUAGUGUUUUACUAACUUAUUGUAAUUCAUAUAGUUUUGUCGCGACACUGCUGCUCGGAGAAAUUCAAUCUCGAUCAUUAAAGAAUAUACUAAUACACUUACGUUUGGAGUUAUAAAAAAUAUUGACAUAUUUUAUCAAUUAAAUAUCAACCCUUUCAAGUCGCAGUAUUAGAAUUAUUUGCGCCAUAGCUGAUGCCGUAACCACUGCACAGCUUAAUGAUAUGAGCCUCCAAGCUGUAAUAUUUUUCAAAUAUAAAUAUAAUGAGCGUUUACAAGAUUGUAGUAUAUGUACAUAACUUCAAUAUGAAUAACUUUUAUGAAUUUCUACGAGCAGACGUCACGUUGUUUUGUAAAAAUUUUGUAAUUCGUCUCUACCCGAACUUUUGUAUUUAAUUGAUGUCCCUGUAAAUAUUUCCCGUUUAAAUACAUCAUAUAAUAAAUAUAAAUAUAUAGGUAUAAGCUACGUACAUCACUAAAAUAACUUGCACAUAUUAGCCGGUAUGAUGCGGUAUUGCUGCGAGCGAGUAACGGGUCAACUGAGUGAACAAACAACAGGGUUUUUCAUUUCUAUUCAUUGAAAUUGAAUUACACGAGGUUUUUGCUUGAGUAAAUUAACAUCAAAGUAGUUCGAAUAUUAAAGUGAACACAUUAUAAUUAAUUAAAAAGUGGCUAUUCAAAAAAUUCAAGUCUAUUGAAGUUUCGCUAUAGGUCGCUGUCCGCUCGCAGCGCAGGCGCCGCACACAGUACGCUCCCGGCGCGUACCUCCACCGGGCGCGCUGCGUCGCCCCGUACCCGAGUUUAGUGUUAGUUAAUUUAAGUGAAACGUUUAGACUGAUUUCUUUUGAGUUUCGGUGUACACGACAGCGCGGGUAUUUCGCGGCGGAUGGAUUAUAUAUUUAUUUAUUAUGACCUGGAAAUAUAAAAACCAUUACAUGAGUAUCUAUACAGUUGGGGAAUUAAUAGGCAUGCAAAGGAUCUUUAUAGCUUAUUUUUAAAUAAAACGGGCAUAUAUGCAAGUCGGACCGCAAUCAAAUAAAAGCCCCAGAUUUAAUUAUGUAUCAAUAUAAACUACAGCUCACAAUUUGACAAUUCCAUAGUUGAGUACUUAUAACUGUUUUCAGAUAAUUCAGCUAAAACUCCUCCGUCACGACAAUGCGCCAAAACGUUGUGUUCCCACCACAGAGAGACUGCUUUUAUAAUUUAUUCCAAAUUUUGUAUAAUUUUGUAAGGACCAGUGUACCGUAUUGUUUGGCAAGCGGCGCGUGCGCAUGGUGCGACGGAUGGCCGCAGCAUACUCGCACGCGUCGUCGACUCGCUCUGUACAACUACAAUAUACUUGUAAUAAUGA